AUGAGGGCAUGGAAGCUGUCGCGCCUGCGGAUCGUAGGGAUCUCCGCCCUCGCGGGCUUGAUUGCCAGGCGCGGAAACACCGCCGCCGCGUUGCCGAGGAGUAGCUUGCCGCCGCGGCUGGUGUUCGCGCAGUGCACUUUGGCGAAUCAUGGCCAAGGGCAGGCAGCGCCGCGAGGACCGAGAGCUACGGCCUUGGCGGCCGCUCCACACGUGGCGGCAGGUGUGCAUUUGCCGCGUGUAGUGCUUUUGGUGCUCUUCAUCCUUGUGGAUUGUGGGCAGGCCUUGGUGAUGGACUGGGCCGAGAAGAGGUCCUGGAUGAAAGACCGCGUUGGGCGGCAGUAUGCCCGGCAGACUGCCUUGGUCAUGGAGUCUGGGCUGUCGGUCGUAACAGGCCUUUCGCUGGCAACUCUCCUUGGCACUGAAGGACUUGUCGCUUUUUGGCCUUUGGUCGUCCGCUUCUUCCCUGUGGCCGUUUGCUUUGCGGUUGGCCUGUCGCUGAAGAUGAUGGCAGUGAACCAUUUUCAGGCUGGCACCAUCAAGAUCAUGGGCCAGUUUCGGCUUGCUUUGGUGGCAGUGGCUUCCACCUUCAUAAUGUCUCGAAGAUACUCAUGGCAGAAAUGGUCAUGCAUUGCGUGCCUGACAGCUUUUUGCGCGCUGUUUGUCCAGUUCAAGGGCAAGGGGAGGGAGAGCGGGGGGAAGCCCUGGAAGUGGGCAGGGCUGCUGCAGCUCUUGGGCUGGAUUUGCAUGAACGUGGUGGGCGGCACGCUAGCGGAGAAGACGUACAAGAGUGGCGACGCACCUUACUACGUCCAGAAAGUUGCCCAGGAUGUCGGCCAUUUGACGACCUCGUUGUUUAUGCUCUUGGUGGUGUGGAGCCUGGCUUCCGGUCCCUUGAGCUCUUCCUUCGAGAUUCCGAGCUUCGUGAGAUUGGGUCAAAGUCUGAAGCUCCGAGGUGAAAUCGAGGAAGUUGUGAAGACAGAGUCAAAGGGAAGUGACGAGGAGAAAGAAGGUGACGACCAGCCCGGUGAGCUGCCUGAGUUCUCCAAGAAGCGCCAGGAAUUGAACAAGAUCCUUGAGGGGGGCAAGCCAGGGAAGAUCACGCGCGAAGAAUGUGCACGUCUGCUUGAGGACAUCAAGGCACUCGAGAGGGUGUGCCAGGGGCACAAAGACAAGGUCAGAGAGAUCACCGAAAUCUCCAACAAGAAGGGCAUUGAGCUGCAAAAGACAAAGGAGGAACUGAUGCGCAUCAAGAAGCAGCUGGCCGGUACUACCGAGAAUCUUACCCAGGCUCAAGCUGACCUGCAGGUAGCAUUGGAGACUCGUGUGCCUCUUGAGGAUGCGGAACUCUUGGCGAUGAGGGUUGCCGACUUCGAGUCCUUGAUGGUGGGCUUGGAGAUCGAGGAGGGUGCGGAAGAGGCCAAGAUCUCGCAACAGAGCUGUGUAGACGCCAACUCGGAGACAGAGGCACUCCAAGCAAAGUUGGAGGAGGCUUUGAGAGCAAAGGAAGCGGCGGAGAAUGCGGAUGUUCUCCUGACGGAAGCCCGCAAGGCACAGGAGAUGGCGGAGGAAGAGGCCAAGGUCUCGCAACAGAGCUGUGUAGAGGCCAAGUUGGAGGCAGAGGCACUCCAAGCAAGAUUGGAGGAGGCUUUGAAAGCAAAGGAGGCGGUGGAGAAUGCGGAUGUUCUCCUGACGGCAGCCCGCAAGGCACAGGAGAUGGCGGAGGAAGAGGCCAAGGUCUCGCAACAGAGCUGUGUAGAGGCCAAGUUGGAGGCAGAGGCACUCCAAGCAAGAUUGGAGGAGGCUUUGAAAGCAAAGGAGGCGGUGGAGAAUGCGGAUGUUCUCCUGACGGAAGCGCGCAAGGCACAGGAGCUGGCGGAGGACGAGGCCAAGGUCUCGCAACAGAGCUGUGUAGAGGCCAAGUUGGAGGUAGAGGCACUCCAAGAAAAGUUGGAGGAGGCUUUGAAAGCAAAGGAGGCGGUGGAGAAUGCGGAUGUUCUCCUGACGGCAGCCCGCAAGGCGCAGGAGAUGGCGGAGGAAGAGGCCAAGGUCUCGCAACAGAGCUGUGUAGAGGCCAAGUUGGAGGCAGAGGCGAUCCAAAGCAAAUUGGAACAGGCUUUGAUUGCAAAGGGAGCCAUCGAGGCGGCGCUGGCAAAGACCAACGAGGAGUUGGACGCUUCUGAGAAGCGCCGGCGAAAGUCUGUGAGGGAAGUGCGGACUGCCCACAACCUCUUCAACGAAGUGCAUAAGGAUUUGCAGAAAGAACUCGCCCGGUCCAAAGCAUCCCGACACGAAGCCCGUCGGGCAAAGAGCGAAGCUGUGGCGGCUCGACUGGUUGCCGCACCAGGUGCUGUGGCAGUGACCCCGUCCAGCGAGGACGUCAAGGUCACGUGCGAGGCUUCGAUACAGGCACAGCUUCAGGAAGUGGCUCCACAGGAGCCUGAGAAAGCUCUUGCCAAGCUUACUCCGGUGGGAAUCGAACUGGUACGAUCAGAGAGGAAAGUGCUUGAAGGCAGAAUGCAAGAGCUUCAGGAGCAUUUGGCAGAAGAAAUGGAAAGCAUGGAUUUGCUCAUGGAAGCCCAUGAGGAGGUCCUCGAGCUUCGAGAUCAGCUGGCAGAGGAGAAGAUGAGCUUGGAGCGCAGGCUCAACGAAAGGGAGCAGCAGCACGCGCAGCUGCGAUCGGAGCUGCAGAAGGCGAUCGCCGCCGGGGAGGCCCGACUGGCGGAUCUUCAAGUGGCUGGCAAAGAGAAGCAACAGCUGCAUGCCCAGCUGGAGCAGGCUCUAAGCACAGCACAGCAGUUGGAGGAAAAGGAGAUCUGCGCCAAGCAAGAAUCUUCUCAACUCCAGGCAACGUUGGAGGAGCUUCAGGCAAGCCAAGCAGUAUUGCAGCGGGAAACGGAGCAGAAGCUCCAAACAGAGCUGGAGCAGGCCCUCGGCCGAGCCCAGCAGUUGGAGGAGGAGCAGAAGCGGACACAAGGUGAAUCUGCUCAGCUGCAGGCCAGAUUGGAGGAGCUGCAGGCAAGCCAGACGGUAUUGCAGCAGGAAACAGAGCAGAAGCAGAAGCUGCAAGCAGAGCUGGAGCAGGCCCUUGGCCGAGCCCAGCAGUUGGAGGAGGAGCAGAAGCGGACACAAGGUGAAUCUGCUCAGCUGCAGGCCAGAUUGGAGGAGCUGCAGGCAAGCCAGACGGUAUUGCAGCAGGAAACAGAGCAGAAGCAGAAGCUGCAAGCAGAGCUGGAGCAGGCCCUCGGCCGAGCCCAGCAGUUGGAGGAGGAGCAGAAGCGGACACAAGGUGAAUCUGCUCAGCUGCAGGCCAGAUUGGAGGAGCUGCAGGCAAGCCAGACGGUAUUGCAGCAGGAAACAGAGCAGAAGCAGAAGCUGCAAGCAGAGCUGGAGCAGGCCCUCGGCCGAGCCCAGCAGUUGGAGGAGGAGCAGAAGCGGACACAAGGUGAAUCUGCUCAGCUGCAGGAGGAAGCAGAGCAGAAGCAGAAGCUGCAAGCAGAGCUGGAGCAGGCCCUCGGCCGAGCCCAGCAGUUGGAGGAGGAGCAGAAGCGGACACAAGGUGAAUCUGCUCAGCUGCAGGCCAGAUUGGAGGAGCUGCAGGCAAGCCAGACGGUAUUGCAGCAGGAAACAGAGCAGAAGCUGCAAGCAGAGCUGGAGCAGGCCCUCGGCCGAGCCCAGCAGUUGGAGGAGGAGCAGAAGCGGACACAAGGUGAAUCUGCUCAGCUGCAGGCCAGGUUGGAGGAGUUGGAGGCAAGCCAAGCCGCCCUUCAGCGGGUGACUGACGAGAAGCAGAUGCUUCAAGUGCGGCUGGAUCAGGCCCUCGAGGGAGAGCAUCACCUGCAAGAGCUCCAGGCCAGGUUGGAGGAGCUUCACACAACCCAGACAGCCUUGCAGCACGCAAAGGAAGAAAAGCAGCAGCUGCAUGCCAAGCUUGAGCAGGCCCUUGACCAAGUGCAGCAGUUGGAGGAGGAGCAGAACCGGACCCAAGGCGAAUCUGCUCAACUGCAGGCCAGGUUGGAGGAGCUUCAGGCACGCGAAGCAAUGCUGCAGCGGGAAGCGGAAGAGAAGCAGCAUCUGCAUGUCAAGCUUGAGCAGGCCCUUGACCGAGCUCAACAGUUGGAGGAGGAGCAGAACCGGACGCAAGGCGAGUCUGCUCAGCUGCAGGCCAGGUUGCAGGAGCUUCAGGCACGCGAAGCAAUGCUGCAGCGGGAAGCAGAAGAGAAGCAGCAUUUGCAUGUCAAGCUUGAGCAGGCCCUUGACCGAGCUCAACAGUUGGAGGAGGAGCAGAACCGGACACAAGGUGAAUGUGCGCAGCUGCAGGCCAGGCUGCAGGAGCUUCAAACAAGCCAAGCAGUGCUGCAGCACUCAACUGAGAACGAGCAGCAGCUGCAUGCGAAGCUUGAGCAGGCCCUUCAGCGAGCUCAGCAACUGGAGCAGGAGCAGAGCCGGGCACAAGCCGAAUUUGCUCAGCUGCAGGCACAGGAAGAAGCCAAGCUGAAGCAGCAGAUGCAGAUCGAGGCGAAGGCAUAUGCUACGCAAAUGCAAGAGCUUGCUCGCAAAGAAGUUGCCAAGCGAGAGGAGCAGGUGGUCGAAUUGAAGCAGCGCCUACAGGAGGUUCAGAGCCAAGCGCAGCAGUUGCAGAUGCAACAAGAGCAGAUGCAGGGAAGUUCGUCGCAGAUGCAGGCCAAUCUGGCAGAGCUGCAGGGCACGCAGGAGGCACUGCAGCACGCGACCGAAGAGAAGGAGUUCCUGCAGGCUCAGUUGCAGAAGGCGCAACUGCAACUGCAGCAGGGACAGGGCCAAGCGGACUCGCAGCUGCAGGCCCAGCAAAUAGAGUGCUGCACAGCGAAAUUGGCAGAGAUGCAGGACAUGCAGGCCGCACUGCUGCACUCGAACGAAGAGAAGGAGUUCUUGCAAGCGCAGCUGGAGAAGGUUCAGAGCCAAGCGCAGCAGUUGCAGAUGCAACAAGAGCAGAUGCAGGAAAGUUCGUCGCGGAUGCAGGCCAAUCUGGCAGAGCUGCAGGGCACGCAGGAGGCACUGCAGCACGCGACCGAAGAGAAGGAGUUCCUGCAGGCUCAGUUGCAGAAGGCGCAACUGCAACUGCAGCAGGGACAGGGCCAAGCGGACUCGCAACUGCAGGACAUGCAGGCAGCACUGCAGCACGCUAACGAAGAGAAGGAGUUCUUGCAAGCGCAGCUGGAGAAGGUUCAGAGCCAAGCGCAGCAGUUGCAGAUGCAACAAGAGCAGAUGCAGGGAAGUUCGUCGCAGAUGCAGGCCAAUCUGGCAGAGCUGCAGGGCACGCAGGAGGCACUGCAGCACUCGACCGAAGAGAAGGAGUUCCUGCAGGCUCAGUUGCAGAAGGCGCAACUGCAACUGCAGCAGGGACAGGGCCAAGCGGACUCGCAGCUGCAGGACGUCCAGGCAGCACUGCAGCACGCGAACGAAGAGAAGGAGUUCUUGCAAGCGCAGCUGGAGAAGGUUCAGAGCCAAGCGCAGCAGUUGCAGAUGCAACAAGAGCAGAUGCAGGAAAGUUCGUCGCGGAUGCAGGCCAAUCUGGCAGAGCUGCAGGGCACGCAGGAGGCACUGCAGCACUCGACCGAAGAGAAGGAGUUCCUGCAGGCUCAGUUGCAGAAGGCGCAACUGCAACUGCAGCAGGGACAGGGCCAAGCGGACUCGCAACUGCAGGACAUGCAGGCAGCACUGCAGCACGCUAACGAAGAGAAGGAGUUCUUGCAAGCGCAGCUGGAGAAGGUUCAGUGCCAAGCGCAGCAGUUGCAGAUGCAACAAGAGCAGAUGCAGGGAAGUUCGUCGCAGAUGCAGGCCAAUCUGGCAGAGCUGCAGGGCACGCAGGAGGCACUGCAGCACUCGACCGAAGAGAAGGAGUUCCUGCAGGCUCAGUUGCAGAAGGCGCAACUGCAACUGCAGGGACAGGGCCAAGCGGACUCGCAACUCCAGGGCAACGAUCUGCUGGCCAUGAAGCUGCAGGAUGCGGAGAUCCAAGCUGCGCAGGCGGAGGCCGAGAAGAAGGAGCUGGAGGAGGCCUUCACGCUCCAAAUGGAGCAGGCGCAGCGCAGCCUCAGUGCAAAGACCAUCGAGGCGGAGACGCUGCGCCGGCAAUUGCUGGAGGCAUCUCGAAAUGCGCCAGCAGAGGAGCCAGCAUCCUUCGAUAUCUCAACACCGCGCAGCAAAAGAUCCCCAUGGGCCGACAGUCCAGAGGAGGUGCGGUCGGACGAUGUUAUUGCAUCGGAAAAUAAGCAACUGCACCAGCGCAUCACGGACAUUCAGGAGGAGAAGGCCAUCAUGCUUCAAAACUUGCGAGAGCACGUCAUGCAGUUGGCGCGUGAGAACUUCGAUCUGAAGCAUGGGUCUCCUCAGGAGUCGCCUUCGAAGCGCACGCCCGUCACACAGGAGGCGCCCUCCCAGGCAUCCAUGGCCAGUGACUCCCCGGGUGCAGCUGCCGGAGGUGGUGGAAGCUGGUUGCUCUCAACCAUUCUAUCGCCCUUCCUGACGGACGGGGACAUGCGUGAAAUCCAUGCCGAGUCGUAUGUCGAGGAACACCUGAAGUAG